AUGUCACUUCAAAUUGACGAAACUGACUUUGUAGAAGCCAGCGAAGGAGCCGAUUCACUCAAGUUCUUGAAUGAAAAAUCUCAUGCUCUGUUUGAGCUGGGUGUCAGCAUGCUAGUGCACAAAUGGGAUGCUCUAUCCGUUGCCGUAGUUAAUCAGUGGGGUGGACCAAAUAGUAAGGAUAAGAGAGAUUGGAUCUCAGCUGUUGUUGUCGACCUCUUUUUGCAGAAUUCGGUCGUGGAUGUAGCAAUGAUAGAAGAAACCCUGCUCUACGCCAUGCAGGAUGAGUUUGACGUCAUGGUAGAGGAUGACAGUGCUUUACCGUUGGCAGCGCAAGUUCUAGAUUGUUACAGGAACGUUGCCAUAGGAGAGGUAGACAAAAUAAAAGAAAGCUAUGCCAAGUGGCAGGCCAAACAGAGCUCUAACAGUGAUGUAAAAUAUCAAGUCACAGUGGGAGAAGACCCUUCAAAUCCUGAUGUAUCUGAGAAUGAGGUAGAUGACUAUGAUAGUGAUAUCGAUGCUCAUGCGCCAGGCACGCAGCAAGAUGAAGACUCGGAAAUGACCGAAGCAACGGAGUCAGUGCCUCAGGCAAUAGUAGACGAUGAUGGAUUCACUAUAGUUCAACGCAAAAGAUGA